AUGGCGAGGAUCACGCUCGAGAUGUUGCGUCGACGCGCCGAGCACAACGACGGUUCGCUGCUCUCGCUGGAGGAGGUGGCGCUGCACCGACAAGGGCUCGAGCGAUUGGAGGGGCUCCAAGAGGCGUGUCCCAGGCUGAAGAUUGCGUUGCUUCAGGAUAAUUUGAUAUCGAGAAUAGAAAACAUGCGCAAACUCAAGGAUUUGGAGUAUCUGAACCUGGCGAUGAACAAUGUGACGUGCGUGGAAAACUUAGAACAGUGUGAAUCUCUGACCAAGCUUGAUCUCACAAUGAACUUCAUCGCUCUGAGUGGUUUGAUGAGCGUUAAGAGACUCGAGGUCAACCACAAUUUACGGCAACUGUACUUGAUGGGGAAUCCGUGCGCCGAUUUCGAUGGAUAUCGCUCGUUCGUGAUCGGAUCCUUGCCACAGCUCGCGAAUUUGGAUGGUUCAGACGUGACGCACGUCGAGAGAAUCGUCGCAAGACGCGAAUUACGGCGUAUCACCCAAGAGUUGGAAACAGCUGCGCGAACGAAGAUCGAAACUAUCGCGACCGUGGAUGAAAUUGCUUCAAUAGAACCGGAUCAUCGACCGUGGUGCGCAGCAACGCGCGUGCUCGACAACGAAAAUAUUGAGAGUACGCUAGCUGAUACGGUGCGGUCUACGUCGUCGUCGAAGACUUAUGUGAAAGAGUCGUUCGAGCCGCUUCCGGAUGACAUCGCAGACGUCAAGCAGAAGAACCAAGGCGACUUCAAGUUCAGGCUCAUAGAAUCCGACGAUGACACCGCGAUCGAGCUCGAGCUUCACGUCGGUAAGUUUAUCGACACAUCUCUCAUACUCGUCGAUAUUCAACCGAUGAUUGUGCGUGUCAAAAUCAAGGGUGAAUUACUGCAGCUCAAGCUCCCGCAUGAAGUGAGUACCGAUUCGAGCACUGCCGAACGCUCCAAGGUGACGGGAAAGCUCUUGAUCAAAAUGCCUAAACUAAAUUGGCACGUGAAACCAAAAACUGCGAUCGUUAAGGUGCAGAGUAGAGCUGAAGACCAGAGCGCGAAGGUGACGUACCACGGCAUGGGAUCUGACGAACCACCAGAUGUUUGA